AUAUGAAUCCCACACCGGGGGGGAUGUAAACAAAACCGCAACAGGUUACACAUUGUGCAUUAAAGUAACUGCGGAUGCUGGUCUACACCGACGAUGCUCCACACUCCAUUCCUGCUCUCCAGAGACGAGACGACACGCUGCUUGACAUCCAUCUUGCGCUCAUCGGCGCUGCGGACCGAGCCGAGCCUCGUGCAUUUCCGGCGGCACUCGGCCAUUUCCGGCGGCACUCGGCCAUUUCCGGCGACGACGACGACAACAGACAGACCGACCGGAGUCGGAGCGAGGGGGCGCGAAAGUCCAGAGACCGUCAGAAGAUGGCGACUGACGGGACCCACACUCGCACACUGUUUGGGGGCGCCUUCUCCGUCACUCUCCCCCCACAUUCCAUCGAUGUCAGUGAUAUCCGGGAGAUCCCAGAUAACCAGGAGGUGUUUCUGCACAGUGCCACGGACCAGAGCAUUAUCGUGGAGCUGCUGGAGUACCAGAGGCAGGUGCCUGAUGUGGACGCAGCCAGGUACCAUUUUGAGGACGUCACCGCCAUUAAUGGGGCCCUGGGAGAGGCAGGAACGGAGGUGCUGAGCGUGGAGCCCAUGGGCAGGGAUCAGAUGGCGUUGCGGGAGCUGAGCAGUGUCUGGUUCCUCUCCGGAAGGCAGCACGUCGCCAAGUUCAAUGAGCAGGCUAAAAACACAGUGAAUAUACACCUGGCCCUCUUCAGACUCCCUCAGUACACCACGGACAUCCUCGUCACCUUCAAUGAUCCAACAAUGAUCAGACUCUCCCGGAGAUCGAACCCGGGUCCCUGGCACUGUGAGCCAGCAACUCUGCCACUGUGCCCUCCUGAUCGACCAGUUCUCUGCUCUAUCCAGGAGACGCAGAAGGCCUUGGCGAGUGUAGCAGGAAGAGAGACACAAAAAUCUGGAGUAACUCAGGGACAGGCGGCAUCACUGGAGAACUGAGACAACGGAACAAUCCUACCACAACCAGAGAGUUGACAUCUCCGAUGACCUCUCUUGGACCCACAAUACCUCAACUCUGAUCAAGAAGGCUCAUCAGCGUCUCUUCUUCCUGAGGAGACUGAAGAAGGUCCAUCCGUCUCCUCAGAUCCUGGUGAACUUCUACCGCUGCACCAUCGAGAGCAUCCUUACCAACUGCAUCACAGUAUGGUAUGGCAACUGCUCUGUCUCCGACCGGAAAGCAUUGCAGAGGGUGGUGAAAAUUGCCCAACGCAUCACCGGUUCCUCGCUCCCCUCCAUUGAGUCUGUCCAAAGCAGGCGCUGUCUGCGGAGGGCGCUCAGCAUCGCCAAGGACUGCUCUCACCCCAACCAUGGACUGUUUACCCUCCUACCAUCCGGGAGGCGCAACAGGUCUCUCCGUUGCCGAACCAGCAAGUCGAGGAACAGCUUCUUCCCUGCGGCUGUCACUCUACUCAACAACGUACCUCGGUGACUGCCAAUCACCACCCCCCCCCCUGGACACUUAUUAUUAUUUAUUCAAAUCGUUUGCUAUGUCGCUCUUCCAGGGAGAUGCUAAAUGCAUUUCGUUGUCUCUGUACUGUACACUGACAAUGACAAUUAAAAUUGAAUUGAAUCUGAAUCUGAAUCUGAGAGCGGUCCUGAACUACUAUCUACCUCUUUGAUGACCUAUGGACUAUCUUUGACAGGGGACUUUGCUGGCUUUACCUUGCACUAAACGUUAUUCCCUUUAUCCUGCAUCUGUACACUGUGGACGGCUCGAUUGUAAUCACGUAUUGUCUUUCCGCUGACUGGUUAGCAGCAUGCAACAAAAAGCUUUUCCCUGUACCUCGGUACACGUGACAAUAAACUAAACAAAACUGUAGAAAAGAAAUAGGCAACAUUUCGGGUCUGAGAGUCAGGGGAGAGGGGAAAAGGUAAAUGGCCUCUGAGUUUUGGUCUCCUUGUUUGAGGAAGGACAUUCUUGCUAUUGAGGGGGUGCAGCGUUGGUUCACCAGGUUAAUUCCCGGGAUGGCGGGACUGUCAUAUGAUAUAACCAUAUAACCAUAUAACAAUUACAGCAUGGAAACAGGCCAUCUCGGCCCUACAAGUCCGUGCCGAACAAAUUUUUUUUCCCCUUAGUCCCACCUGCCUGCACUCAUACCAUAACCCUCCAUUCCCUUCUCAUCCAUAUGCCUAUCCAAUUUAUUUUUAAAUGAUACCAAUGAACCUGCCUCCACCACUUCCACUGGAAGCUCAUUCCACACCGCUACCACUCUCUGAGUAAAGAAGUUCCCCCUCAUAUUACCCCUAAACUUCUGUCCCUUAAUUCUGAAGUCAUGUCCUCUUGUUUGAAUCUUCCCUAUUCUCAAAGGGAAAAGCUUGUCCACAUCAACUCUGUCUAUCCCUCUCAUCAUUUUAAAGACCUCUAUCAGGUCCCCCCUUAACCUUCUGCGCUCCAGAGAAUAAAGACCUAACUUAUUCAACCUAUCUCUAACUUAGUUGUUGAAACCCAGGCAAUGAUGAAAUAAUGGAUCGACUGGGCUUGUAUUCACUGGAAUAUCGAAGGAUGAGAGGGUAUCUCACUGAAACAUAUAAGAUUGUUAAGGGUUUGGACAGGCUGGACGCAGGGAAAAUGUUCCCGAUGUUGGGGGAGUCGAGAACCAGGGGUCACACACAGUUUAAGAAUAAGGGGUAAGCUAUUUAGGACUGAGAUGAGGAAAAACUUUUUCACCCAGAGAAACAUAGAAAAUAGGUGAAGGAGGAGGCCAUUCGGCCCUUCGAGCCAGCACUGCCAUUCAUUGUGAUCAUGGCUGAUCGUCCCCUAUCAAUAAACUGUGCCUGCCUUCUCCCCAUAUCCCUUGACUCCACUAUCCCCUAGAGCUCUAUCUAACUCUCUCUUAAAUCCAUCCAGUGAC